AUGCUGGAAGACAAAGGUCCAAGAGUGAUUGACUACUUCGUAGUGGCAGGCUUAACUGAUACAUCUACCCUUUUGGAUCAAGAAUUAAACCGUUCAGAUACAAAAUCAACUGGUCCCAAAGCUCCAAUUACAGAUAUUGCUGUCAUUAUCAAGUCAGCAGGAGAAACAGUUCCCGAAGGUUUUACCUGUGUGGAAGCUACUCCAUCAGCACUCCAAGCAAAUUUAAACUAUGGAAGCUUGAAAAGUCCAGAGCUUUUCCUGUGCUAUAAGAGGGGAAGAGACAAACCACCUCUCACAGACAUUGGAGUAUUAUAUGAAGGGAAAGAACGUCUUAUUUCAGGUUGUGAAGUGAUCCAAGCCACACCCUAUGGUCGCUGUGCCAAUGUCAACAAUAGUUCAACUACUUCACAAAGAAUCUUUAUCACUUAUCGAAGGGCUCCUCCAGUUCGACCUCAGAAUUCCUUGGCUGUAACAGAUAUCUGUGUUAUUGUAACUAGUAAAGGAGAAACUCCUCCUCAUACAUUCUGCAAAGUUGACAAGAAUUUAAACUGUGGAAUGUGGGGUUCCAGUGUGUAUCUGUGUUACAAGAAGUCUGUACCUGCUUCUAAUUCAAUAGCAUAUAAAGCUGGAUUAAUUUUUAGAUAUCCUGAAGAAGACUAUGAAUCUUUUCCACUCUCAGAAUCUGUACCUCUCUUCUGCCUUCCUAUGGGAGCUACUAUUGAAUGCUGGGAUCCCCAAACCAAAUACCCACUUCCAAUUUUUUCAACUUUUGUUCUGACAGCUUCUUCUGCAGAAAAGGUCUAUGGGGCUGCUAUCCAGUUCUAUGAGCCAUAUUCUCGGGAGCUACUAACAGAAAAGCAGCUUAUGCAACUGGGUCUUUUGACGCCUGUAGAAAGAAGAGUGGUCCCCAAAUCCAUCAAUUCAAACAAAUGCAUUUGUUUACUUUCACACUGGCCUUUCUUUGAAGCUUUUAGAAAAUUUCUUAUGUUUAUUUACAAACUUUCAGUUUCGGGACCUCAUCCUCUUCCUAUUGAAAAGCACAUCUCACAUUUCAUGCAAAAUAUCCCUUUCCCAUCACCACAAAGACCAAGAAUUCUUGUUCAGCUAUCAGUCCAUGAUGCAUUAAUAUUGUCCCAGCCGGUUUUUACACCUUUACCACUAAGUGGAGCUGACUUCAGUACUUUGUUGAUGAAUCUGGGUCCUGAAAAUUGUGCAACUUUGCUACUUUUUGUUCUGCUUGAAAGUAAGAUCCUACUGCAUUCUCUUAGACCAGCUGUGUUGACAGGUGUGGCAGAAGCUGUUGUUGCUAUGAUCUUUCCAUUUCAGUGGCAAUGCCCGUAUAUCCCCCUUUGUCCUCUCUCUUUGGCAGCAGUGCUCAGUGCUCCCUUACCAUUUAUAGUUGGAGUUGACUCAAGAUACUUUGAUCUUUAUGAUCCACCACAGGAUGUUGUUUGCAUUGACUUGGAUACAAAUAUGGUUUAUGUAUCAGAUGAAAAGAAGAACAUGAACUGGAAGCAGCUUCCCAAAAAGCCUUGUAAAAAUUUACUUAGUACUUUAAAGAAAUUAUAUCCCCAGCUAUCUUCAGUUCACAGAAAAACACAAGAGUGCUCAGCAGUGGAGAUGACCCCAAUUGAAGCAGAUUUCUCCUGGCAAAAGAAAAUGACUGAACUUGAGAUGGAAAUUCAAGAGGCAUUUUUACGCUUUAUGGCCUCUGUUUUAAAGGGAUAUCGGACAUACCUCAAACCGAUUACCGAGGCUCCUUCAAAUAAAGCUACAGCUGCAGAUUCAUUAUUUGACCGACAAGGAUUUUUAAAAAGCCGAGAUCGUGCAUAUAUGAAAUUCUACACUCUCUUAACUAAAACCCAGAUUUUUAUACGUUUCAUUGAAGAGUGCAGCUUUGUAAGUGAUAAAGACACAGGACUAGCAUUUUUUGAUGACUGCAUAGAAAAGCUAUUUCCUGAUAAAGGCACUGAAAAAACAGAUAAGGUUGAUUUAGACUCAGCAGAAGAUACCAGAUUGAUAGAGCUAGAUGAUUCCCAAAAGAGUGAACAUACAGUAUUAAUAAUGCCACCAGAACCACCUCCUAAUGAUGGACAAGACCUGCUGCCUAAAUAUAGCUACAAAAACUUUCCAAGGCUGGACCUUAAGCUCUUUGAUAGACCACAGGCAUUGAAAAUUCCUUUCAACAGACAUCCUGCAGGAAAUAACAUUUCAAAUAGUCCUGCCCUCAUGGCUAAAAGGACUAAACAGGAGAUAAAAACAGCUCAUAAAUUGGCCAAGAGAUAUUAUACAAACCCACCACAGUGGGCUAAGUGCCUAUUCAGUCACUGUUAUAGUUUAUGGUUCAUUUGUUUGCCAGCUUACGUUAGAGUUUCUCAUCCUAAAGUUAGAGCACUGCAGCAAGCAUAUGAUGUACUUAUUAAGAUGAGGAAAUUAGAUGUGGAUCCUCUGGAUGAGGUGUGUUAUCGUGUUGUAAUGCAACUUUGUGGACUUUGGGGUCAUCCUGUUCUAGCAGUUCGAGUCUUAUUUGAAAUGAAAAUUGCUAAAAUACAACCAAAUGCUAUUACCUAUGGUUAUUACAAUAAGGUAGUUUUGGAGAGCCCAUGGCCUAGCAGUAAUCGCAGUGGUAUCUUCUUGUGGACGAAGGUACGGAACGUGGUGUGUGGCAUAGCACAGUUUAGGCAGCCCCUUAAAAAGGCCACGCAGAUAUCAGCUCCUCGGAAUCCCACAGGUGGAAGUGAUGGGGACACGGUGAGCCAUGGUAGCGUGGAUAGUUCUAAUGAUGCUAACAAUGGGGAGCACACACUCUUCGUCAGAGAUUUAAUCAGGCUUGAUUCCAUUGAUAAUCACUCUAGCACAGGUGGUCAGUCUGAUCAAGGAUAUGGGUCAAAGGAUGAACUCAUAAAGGAUGAUACAGAAAGUCUUCAUGUACCCAAAGCACAAGUUGAGGAAGAAUUGUUAGCUAAAACUAAAGCCCAGAUAGACAAAGCUUCUGAUGUCCCUGCUUUUGUGGAAAAGGUACAGCAGCUGAGUCCAGAGCCCUUUAAUCCUACAGAAACACCUACAUGGGGAAGCAGCAUUGUGAAAGUCCCCUCUGGUAUUUUUGAUAUUAGCAGCCGGAAGAGUAGCACCGGUAGUACAUCAAAUAUACUAUUUUCUGCUCAGGAUUUGGUUGAAGAUACAGUGUUCACUGAAGUGUCUACUCUGAAAAUUAGUGACAAAGGAGAGAAAAGACAAAAACAUUUUUCAGAAAGGAGUUGUAGUUUCAGCUCUGAAAGUCGAGCAGGAAUGUUGCUGAAGAAGAGCAGUUUGGACUCAAAUUCUAGUGAAAUGGCAAUAAUGAUGGGAGCGGAUGCCAAGAUCCUUACUGCAGCACUGUCCUACAAUAAGACAUCACCAUUUCAUGUUCAAAAAGACCAGAGCUUAGACAGUGUGGCUGGCCCACUGGUGGACAUGAGGACUCCUGUGUGUGCAGGGGUUUGGGGGUCUGCUGCAGGCCUGGGAAUGCUGGAGGAAGGGCAAGAACAGCCAGACACUGUUAGUGAUGAAGGCAUAGCAGUAGUAACAAUGGCAGAGAAUAAACUUCCAGAACCACAGAAUGAAAAUCAGUCCAAAGACCUAAAAACAGAAUCCAAAGAUAUAAUAAAUAAAAGAAAUAGUUCUUAUGGUGGAGCUAAACCAAUUGAAAGGGAAGAUGUUGAAACUGGGUUAGAUCCUCUGUCUCUGUUAGCCACUGAGUGUAUAGAAGGGAAGCAUUCUGACUCUGAAGAGAAGACACUGUCUCCAGUUGUGGCACGUAAUCUAGCAGAUGAGAUAGAAAGCUACAUGAACUUGAAAAGUCCUUUGGGAAGCAAGUCUUCCAGCAUGGAAUUGCAUAAACGAGAAAACAGAGGAUCUACAGAAUGUGUGUCUGGUGUGUUCACUCCAUCUUUAGAGCGACGGUCUAGCCUGCCCUUGGAUCACAGUCCACCAGCCCAAGAAAAAACUGAGAAGCCCAAGAACCCUCCUGCAGUAUCCAGGUCAAAAACUUUCAUGGGACAUUCUAAACAGCAGACUCCUUCACGAACACAUAAAGAGCGUUCUACAUCCUUGUCUGCACUUGUACGUUCUUCACAGCAUGGAUCAUUAGGUUCUGUAGUCACUUCUUUGUCAGGAAUAAAGCUAGAUAAUAUUUUGUCUGGACCCAAGAUAGAUGUUCUGAAGUCUGGUAUGAAACAAGCGGCUACAGUAGCCAGUAAGAUGUGGGGAGCUGUGGCUUCUGCUUAUAAUUAUUCAGAUGAUGAGGAAGAACCCAGUAGAGAUUAUAGCUUUCCUGCUGGUUUAGAAGAACAUAUUUUGGGAGAUGAUCUAGCAACAAAAAUGUGUGCCCCAGGGCUAAUCACUAGUGAACUCACACAGAGCAAUACAAGCCUUGGCAGUAGCAGCAGCAGCGGGGACGUAGGGAAAUUGUCCUAUCCAACAGGUGAAAUCCCAUUUGCAAGAGGCAUAAAGGGUCAGGACUUUGAAAAGUCAGAACAUGGAUCUUCUCAAAAUACCAGCAUGUCCAGCAUCUACCAAAACUGUGCAAUGGAGGUCUUGAUGUCAAGUUGUUCUCAGUGUAGAGCUUGUGGUGCUUUGGUUUAUGAUGAAGAAAUUAUGGCUGGAUGGGCUGCAGAUGAUUCAAAUUUGAAUACCACCUGUCCAUUCUGUAAAAGCAACUUCUUACCCCUCCUUAAUGUGGAAUUUAAAGAUUUACGAGGCUCUGCAAGUUUUCUUCUGAAGCCAAGCACCUCUGGUGACAGUUUACAGAGUGGAAGCAUUCCAUUAGUGACGGAUCCCCCAGAACACAAACCUAUGCCUAGUCCAGCAGAACCUGACCUGAUGACCUUCAUGGAUUUCCCAAAGCACAGCCAGAUUAUAACUGAAGGAAUAAUUUCUGCAACUGAAACAAGUAUUGAGCCAAAGGAAGAAAGUGGAGACUUCCCAAGUGUGAAAACUACAUCUGUAACUAAUAAUUUUUCAAGUCGAGGAGUAUCUUUGACUCGAAGCCACAGUGUUGGAGGCCCUUUGCAAAAUAUUGAUUUUUCUCAGAGACCUUUCCAUGGCAUUUCAACAGUUAGUCUACCAAACAGUUUACAGGAAGUUGUGGAUCCUUUAAGGAAGAGACCCAACCCUUCUCCCGUUUCAGUUCCCUACUUGAGUCCUUUAGUGCUUCGAAAAGAACUUGAAUCUCUGUUGGAGAAUGAGGGAGAUCAAGUGAUUCACACAUCUUCAUUCAUCAAUCAACAUCCAAUCAUUUUCUGGAAUCUGGUUUGGUAUUUCAGACGUUUGGACCUUCCAAGCAAUUUACCAGGACUUAUCCUCACAUCUGAACAUUGUAAUAAAGGAGUACAGCUUCCUCUUUCAUCUCUGUCCCAGGACAGCAAGCUAGUAUAUAUUCAAUUAUUAUGGGACAAUAUCAACCUUCAUCAGGAACCUGGAGAGCCCUUGUAUGUUUCUUGGAGGAAUCUCAACACUGAGAAGAAAUCAUCCUCAGUGUCAGAAGACCAACAGGCCACAAGCACUUUAGUAGAGAACAUCAGGCAAAGCAUUCAACAUAAUGAUGUUCUUAAACCUAUCAACCUUCUUUUGCAAAAAGUGAAGCCAAAUGUAAAACGACAAAGGAGUUUGUACAGGGAAAUCCUUUUCUUGUCAUUGGUGUCUCUUGGAAGAGAAAAUAUUGAUAUUGAGGCUUUUGACAACGAAUAUGAGCUUGCAUAUAAAAGUCUAUCCUCAGAGGUUCUGGGAAAGAUGCAGAGAAUUGAUGCUCCUCCAACUCUUAGUGUGGAGUGGUGCAGGAAAUGUUUUGGAGCCCCUCUCAUUUAA